AUGGCUUCAAUUAAAAUUAUUUUUUCAUUUUCGGCUGUCGUGUUUUUGUUUUGCAUUCAUUCUGAAGCAAGAGAGUUUGUAAUAGAUGGUGAAAAUAAUUUAUGGGCAGUUCCAUCUUCUGUUGACGAGUUCAACAAAUGGGCUGAGAAAACUCAUUUUCAGAUUGGGGAUUCUUUAGUUCUGAAGUAUGAUUCCAAGAUUGACUCAGUGCUGGAAGUGACCAAGGAAGACUACAAAAUCUACAAAAACGCAAAUCCAAUAAAAUCACACCAUGGUGGAGAAACUACAAUUUCAAUAGAAAAAUUAGGUCUAUUUUUCUUUAUCAGUGGAGUGCAAGCACCUUCUCCUCAUCAUCAUCGUCACCACUACCAUGCACCGGCGCCAGCCCCGACUAAUGGUGCUACUGGUUUAAAGGUGGCGGUGGGGUUUAUUUGUGGCACUGCGACGGUGGGAAGUUUGGUUUCAUUGUGUAGACUAAUUUUAUCAUUCAUGGGUUGUAACGUUGAGCUACAUUUUAUUUUUAUUAUUCUUUAUCACGUAUAUAUUUCCUGCUUUUAA